GUUUGUAGUGGAACUAAAGGUGGCAAUAAAAGUAAACUCAAUAAAUUGGAUGCACAUGCUAAAAGUAAUUUACAUCUAACAUGCAUGGUUAAAUGGUCAGCAUAUCAGAAAACAAAAGAAACUGGUAGUGUUUAUUCUCAAAUAUCUUCUCAGCAUUCUUUGAUGGUUAAAAAUAAUAGAAUGUAUAUGAAAAUGUUAGUUGAUAUUGUUUUAUUUUUAAGUUGUCAAGGAAUUGGUUUUAGGGGACACGAUGAGACAAAAGAUUCUUUAAACCAAGGAAACUUUAAAGAAUUAUGUAAAUUGUUAGAAAUAAGUAAUGAGGAAUUUGGAAAAAAAUUUAAUCUUAAAACCAAUUACACAAGUCAUAUAAUUCAAGAUGAACUUAUAAAUAUAUGUGCAGAUGUUGUGAAAGAAAUAAUUGUGAAAGAUAUUGAAGACGUUGAGGUAUUUGGAAUUAUGUGUGAUGAAGCAAGGUGUUACAAACAAGAACAAAUGGCAUUAUGUGUAAGGUAUGUUAAAAAUCUAGAUGUUGUUGAGAGAUUUCUUAGUUUUAUAGAUUGUUCUAAGAAUCAAGAUGCUGAAAGUUUAUAUCAAUACAUAUUAUGGUAUCUGAAAAAGUGUAAACUUAGUUCUAAACCACAAUUAGUUGCUCAGUCAUAUGACGGUGCAAAUGUUAUGUCUGGGAAAUUUAACGGACUACAAAAUAAAAUAAAAAGUCAAUAUCCUUACGCUAUUUAUACACACUGUAUGGCUCAUAAAAUGAACCUCAUUGUACUUGAUAUGUGUAAACAUGUAAAGGAAUCAAGGCAUGUAUUCAACACUUUAGAAUCCCUGUACAUACAUUUUUCUCAUCCGUCAAAAAAUCAAAAAUUAAUUGAGAUUCAAACUAAACUAGGAAUAAAAUAUACAUCAAUGAUUAGACUCAGUGACACUAGAUGGAAUUGCCGUUAUCGAAAUAUAGAGUCUGUUAAAGCAAGUUAUAAAGCAAUUAUUCAAGCUUUAGAAGAAGAAAUUGAAAAUGAAGAUGAUAGAGGAGUAAAUGAAGCAAUGGGUAUACUAACAAAUUUAAAAAGUGGACGAUUUAUAGUAACAACAGAAUAUUUUUCUAAGCUUUGGUGUGAAAUAGAAAUCUUUGCUAAAGACAAUGAAAUAUCAAUACAAACGCCAUCUCAAGGAUGCAAAAGAAAAAGACAAGAGCCACACAAUCUUAAACAUUUUGAUACUACUGCAACCACAAGUGCUGAACAAAAUAUUAAUGACACCAGUGAAACCAUUGAAGAUUAUUUUAGAAAAAAUGCUUUCUUUCCUGUAUUUGAUACUAUUUUGAUAAAUUUGGAAAAAAGAUUUUUUCUGCUGAAAGCCUCCAAAUGGCUACAGCAGUUGAUCAAUUUAUUCAACUGA